AAAAGGAUGAGUUUUGGGGAAAGGCAGAAUGGGAGGAAAAUUGGCGAAUUGCGGGGAAAAGGGGAGAAAAAGGAGGAAAGUCUGAACAGGCAGAAGAGCGUUUUGGUGGGAGAAGGGAGGUCUGGGAGAUUUAUGGGAUGUGGGCAGCAGGGUUUGAUGGGGGUGGAAUUGGGAAUCGUAUCCAGCAGGAUCUGGGAAGUUCUCUGUGUGUAGGCAGUCCCAGGCCUGACAUCUCAGUGCUCUCCCUGUUCCCUCCAGCUCUGCUCGCUGCGCCGGCAUCUCCUGUGGCCACUGAUCCCGCAGCGCGGCUACCGGGGCGAUUCCCCCACGGAUUCUGGGAAGGACGUGCUGGAGAUCCCGCUGCCCCCCUGGCAGGAGCGUCCGGACGAGCCGCUGGACACCAAGAGAGCCCGGCUGCUGUACGAGAGCAGGAAGAGAGGGAUGCUGGAAAACUGCAUCCUGCUCAGCCUCUUUGCCAAGGAAAACCUGGCGCGCAUGAGCGAGGAGCAGCUGAACCGCUACGACCGCCUCAUCAAUGAGCCCAGUAACGACUGGGACAUUUAUUACUGGGCCACUGAAGCGAAGCCGACGCCGGCGGAAUUUGAGACCGACGUGAUGGCCAUGCUGAGGGAAUUUGCCAAAAACAGGAACAGGGAGCAGAGGCUCCGGCAGCCGGACCUGGAAUAUCUGUUUGAGCCACCACGCUGAGGGAGGAGACUCCUCUCUCCCCAUUCCCUGGAGCAGCGCAGGGACACGGGGCUCUGGACUGGUGCUUCCGCCUUCCCUGUGGUUUUCCUCCUCUUCCAGCAGCCUUUGGACACUCACGGAACGCUGAAUAAAGCCGUGGCUACCGGCCCUGCCUGGCUGCUGGCCCUGCCCCUCUCCUGCUUUGUGACAUCGGGGUCGGGCCCUCGGGGACAUGCCCAGCUCGAUCUGGCACACCCCACCUCACUGAUAUUCCCAAUUCCCACCUGUCCCUUUUCCCAGGACCCCCAGGAGGCGACCCCACCCCGGGGCGGGGGCUGUAGUGGUGCUGGAGCAGAACAUUCCCGGUGCCCUCCAGUGACAGCCUCCCGGGAGCUUCCCCUUUUCUCGGUUACCUGGAGACAGAGUCGCAUUCCAUGGGUACAUUCCACAGCUUCCGGGCCUGCUGGGAAGGCCCCGCACCUCCAGCCAUGGUGUAGGGCCGUACCUCGGGCUGUUCCCGGCACCAGGGGGCCAUUCCCAGGGCCAGGAUGCCAUCCCUGCUGCAGGACUCGCCCGCCGCGGGGUUGGGGACGGGGUUCCCUGUGGUGAGGGGCCCCCACUCCGAGCUCAUAGGCUUUUAUACCACCACCUACGAGGCGGCCUUUGGGAAGAGGCCCACGGGGUCACCCCGAAAGAUCGAGGGGUGGCAUGUUUUGGGGUUUGAGCCCCCCUGUGAAAGGAGCAUACACCCCCUCCUUGGUGUCCACACCGGCUCGGGAUACGUCACCAACAACUACUCGGCGCUCUGGUCCCUGAUCACCCCGCACGUGGAGCGGCAGGACACCGACGUGUCCACCACCUUUGAGGACUUCAAGGUCUUUGGGCGUCCGGAUUUCCAAAGGAUCUUGCCCCUGUGCGUGGAUGAGCCAGACUGUCGGUAUCCCACUGGCUUCUCCUUUUCCCGCCUCCGUUUUGGGGAGGUGAGACCUCCAAAAUCAUCCAGAGAAAACAGCACCUGGAGCCCCUGCGCCAGUCCUACCCAGCCAGAUGUCCCACAGAAGGCAACGGAGCUGUCGGGCUUCACUGGGACCGCCCCAAGGAGUGACCUCACCCUCCCAGAGCAGCCCGUGAGCGCCGUCCCCACCGUGUCCCCUGUUCCCCUCAGCACCCCAGGGGACACUUUACCUCUCCCACAGCAUGAUGUUGAUGAUGCUUGGAUGGAUUCAUUUCCCGACAUGUGCAGCAGCACUUACCAGCCUGCCAUGGGUUAUCCCGCCCCCUUCGCCCCGCCGGAGCUCCAAGUGGGACCCAAGGGAGUCACUACCAGGAAGGAGCCGUUGACAUACACCACUAUCCAGAACCAGUACCUGAUCAACCUCUCACAGCUGGCCCCCAUAGCACCAGGCUGGUGGGCGCCAGUCACCUGGGCACCGAGACCCUUGGAGGGCAUCCAGAUCCCAAGUCCCAGUGGCUUCAGCACCAACAACCGCCCCACCAACCUGUGGCACAUCAGUGACCCCCUGACCUGAUCCCCCAAAAAAGUGCUGCCACAUCCCGGGAGUCCCAUCCUUGGCUCUUCCCAAAUCCCCGUGGGAGGAAUAAAGACCCUGCGUGAUGCCAUGGA